AUGCGCGACCGCCUGAUGCAAAUCCUAGCCGGCGGGCUUCCCUCCGGCGUGGUGAGCACGAGCCGAGAGGUCACCUCCGUGGAGGAAUCCCCUUCGGGAGCCACGCUCCGCUUCGCGGACGGCUCGGCGGAAGGUCCGUUCGAUCUCGUGGUGGGGGCGGACGGCAUCAAGGGGGCCGCGCGGAAGGCGGUUCGAGCCGGACCGGGGGGAGGUAGCGGCGGAGGCAACGACGACGCCAUAUACUCUGGGAUUCGGAUCCAGUACGGGGUGGCGCUGGCGGGGCAGAGGCCGGAGGGGUCCGAACGAGAGUUGCACCAGUGGUUCGGGGGCGACACGUACGGGCUGAGCGCCACUUACCAGGGCAUCGGGGACAAGAAGUUCGAGAUGGUGGCGGCCGUGUACCAGGACCGUGACAGAAAAGAAGAGAACGCCGUGUGGGAUCAAGUGGAGGCCAAGGGCGCGUGCCUGCGGAGGCUGGACGAGAGGGGGUUUCCUCAAGAGAUGAGGGCGCUGGCGGAGGCGAGCGAUCGGUUCUACGAGCUCGGCGUGUACUACAGGAAUCCGCUGGAGGGUUGGGUGAGCCGAGGGGAAGGGCAGGUGGUUCUCCUGGGGGACGCCGCACACGCUAUGCCGCCUAACCUCGGCCAGGGGGCAAACCAGGCGAUCCAGGACGCGUACUGCCUCGCGGGACGCCUGGCCGACCUCAACAGCGGGGCUGCCUUCGAGGGAAGCCUCAUCGCAGCCCUCCGGUACUACGAGCGAGUUCGCAAGCCCGACACCAGCCUGGUGCUCGCCAAGAGCGCCUUCGUCGGGGCGGUGGAAACCCUGGGAGGGGCGGCGGGGGGCGGGGCCGUGGGAGAGGCGUUUCGCGACAACUUUUUCUUCGGCAUGUGGAAGGCCGGGGUGGCGGAGCAGAUUUUCAUGGACGGUGCUAUGCCCAAGGUUUAGGUUGGUGUGGGCUUGAAAGGGACAGGGGGGUGGAGAUCAAGCGAAAGAGGUAGAGGUUGCCGUUUGUUUCCUUCUGAGUCGACGCGGGGUUCGGUUUCAUUUUCGUUUCGUCGUUGUUGUUGUUAGAGGUGUUCGGUGGCGGUCAUGUGUGUUGCGUCUUGAUGCUUUUGUUAAACAACAGAGAAAGGAUCGCGUAUUCAGGUGCAAACAGUCGCGUCGCUUCUCUCCGAGCCAGACCCAAUGGUGGUGCUGCUAUAAUGUAGAAAGGAUCGGGGCGGGGUGUAGCGGAGAGGGUUGGUUGGCUUGCGCAAGCUUUCAACCACUGCUGCUGCUGCUUGCUGCUGCUGCUUGCUUGUGUCGUAACGGCUGCUGCCGUGUCUUCGCCUUUACUCGCAGAAUUUUAGAGUGACCCGCUUGUUACUUCGCUGGAAAAUUCUCAGCUUCAAAAUGUUGGCCGUGCGCUCUGUCUUGUGUGUUCGUCUGAAUAAAAAUUGUAAGGAGUCUCAUUGGAGUGGCCAUUGUUUCCUCUUAUCCUGAGGUCUGCACACAAGAAUUGAUUUCUUUGUAAUCUUCGCCCAUCGUGCAUUGAACA